GGACCUCAUUAUAAUUUUUGGAGUAAACGCAUCUUCGUCACCAGGAGUUGUUGUUUUUGUUUUUUUCAAUUACACGAUUUGCGUCAUUAAGAGCCGUGCGCGCAUUCCUCAGCAGGAUUUGCGCAUCUCCAAUCGCGCAUUUAUUUUCUGCUCUUUUCAUUUUGCUUUGCCCAGCAGAAAGCUCUCAUAGUCAUGCUCGAGCGGCGACAGGCGAGUCGUCUCAUCUGAUAUUCUUGUAUUUUUCAAAAAAGAAAUGGAACAACAGCUCUCCAAACCAGAAUGCAAAAACAUGGAUUCGUGUCUGAGGCGACUGAAGCAAGAACUGCUGUGCAUGAAAGAAGCCGGAGAUGGCCUCCAUGAGCAGAUGAAUUCAAUGAUGGGAGCCCUUCAGGAACUCAAGCUUCUUCAGGUUCAGACAGCGCUAGACAACCUCGACAUUUCUGGGCGGCCCAUUAACAGAGGACUCCCAACUCCAGCUCCUCCUGAAGCAUCAGCUCUAGCAGCUCCAGCCGCAAGCAAGGAUUGCAGGUCCCGCUUUAACCAAAUCAUGCCAGAGGAACCAAACCCGAGCCCGAUGCCAAGCCCUAGACCGUCGCUGGAGAGCAGAAACACCUUCAGCCGAGAUGAUAGGAGCCUGCCGCGCAACAGGAGCAGCCUGGGCACAUCAUCUUCCUCCUCAUCCAGCCUCGAGAGUGAGAGUGAGGGGAGCGGACAAAGUGUGAGAAGCGAGAAUGAUCUAGCGUCUAUACCCAAGAGGUGGUCAGGAUACUCUGCACCACAGGUGGACUUCUACGGACCAAUGGUGGGAAACCCUCCACCGGAGCCCUACGCUCAGCCACAGGCUCCACGUCGUGCUCAGGCGGUGGACCUGCCUGGGAUCCUGUACAGCCUCUCCAGAGAGGGCCCUUCACUGGACAGUGACUACUCCCAGGACAGCACCCAGGACGACGCCAGCGACUGGACUUCCUCGCUAAUGAGCCGCAGCCGCAAUCGUCAGCCCUUAGUGCUGGGCGACAACGUCUUCGCCGACCUCGUGGGCAACUGGCUGGACCUGCCCGAGGUGGAGAGGGAAGAAGCAGAAGAAGAGGAGCGAAGGAAGAGGAGAGAGGAGCGGAUAUCGAACGGAGGGGCGGACAGGCCGGACACCCCGGCUCACCCUCUCCGUCUCAGCCGCUCGCAGGAGAUCUGCAGGAAGUUCUCAUUAACCACAAACAUCUUCAAGAAGUUCCUGCGCAGCGUGCGGCCCGACAGGGACAAGCUGCUCAAGGAGAGGCCCGGCUGGAUGGCGCCUGAGCUGACAGAGGGCGACCUCUUCAAACGGCCAAAGAAAGUGGCUCCUAAAAGUUCAAAAGGCAGCUUCUACCUGCCCUUCUGGGCAAACGGACAGCAGGGCAAAGGCAGGCCGUGUCCUCAUGUAGCUGAAGUGGAGAGGAACCACCAACACUACUUCCCCCAGGUCCACCAGCAGCCAUUUGCUGGGAUUUAUUUAGACAGGAGACAGCCAGAGACUGGUGUGGAGAAAAUGCAGCCCUUGUUUGACUACAACACAGCUGUGUGGGUCUGACAGUGAGUCUCGGGCCAACAGACUACCAGUGAUGCCAAACUGAGUGAGUGACAGGUGCUGGGGGGAUUUGGGCUGUGCUGGGGGGAGGGAGGGGUUGAAUGAGUGACUGAACAAGAGGCUGGGUUACAGUUAUCUUCCAAAAAUGAACCGAUUGAACUUCACACCCACAACGAGAUUAUCAGGGCAACAUUUUGUCUGACAAUCCUACAAACCUAAACCUCGUUUGCUGUGUGUCUGGUUGUGUGAGUGUGUGUAAGACAGAGACAUUAUGCUGCAAGUUUUCUAUUAUUCAAAUUUCUUCUUAUGCGAGCGUGCAUGUGUGACUGCGUUCUCUGGAUGUCUUAAAAGACGGUACAAUGAAACGGACAUCUUUCUCAGAAUGUCAUACAGAAAUUCAUACAAAAAUUAUCCACAGACUUUUUUCACCGCUAUACUACAGGACUCUCAUAUAUAUAUAUAUAUAUCACAUAUUUGCAUCUAUGAAUAGAAACACCAACUGUUGGAUUGCAUGGUUACCAUUUUUAUAAGUGAUGCUACAAACAGCUCUAACUGAACGCACUGCCACUGAACACGGUCAUGAGCUCAUUUUUGUUUCCAACAGGCCUCGGCGCCAUGGAAAGUCAGGUUUAAAUAAACCCGUCCAUCUCAUUCACCUCGCUCAGGGAAUGAAUGUCACACAGGAGUCAACUAUGAGACACUGAUGCAUCUAAAUGGAUUCAAAUGCAGUUUAGAGAAGUCUCGCCUAAUCUCAUCUUGUCUAGAAAGAUGUACCAGCAAUACAGUGCAUGACCAGUUCAGGGAUUGCACAUUAAACUUUGAGAUUUUUCUCUCAUAAACAGCAAAGGCCAUUAGGCCUGUCAUGAUAACUUGGGCGAUAUAUUGUCUCAGAAAAAAACAUUUUAAGACCAUAUCAUAGCAUAAUAAUACAAGUACACCUUUUAAAAGACCAGAUAACUUUUAAUUCUAAAGAAUAUUCAGACAUUGGAAUGUGAAAUAAAAUAUUAACCCUCUGAAAGGUAUGUUUUCUUUAACAGAUAGCCAAAGAUACACAGUCUGUCAUAGAAAAAAAACUGUAAAACAGGCAUUAUCCCUGAAAUUUGAACUCUCCAAUGAUUCUUGAAUGGAUCAUAGCUUACGACCGAUACAGUUAGAAUUGUGAAA